AUGGGACCUCACAGUUGGGUUGCAACCUCAUCUUCAUCUUCAUACUCACUCGACGAAAAUACCAUCAGAGAUGGUGAGUACGGUAUGCCGAGCUACUGUUACUGCGGUGGAAGGGUCAUUAGGGAAACGUCUCGCACCGAACAAGACCCUGGAAAAUAUACUUCUCCUGCGAAUUCCGAGCGAAACCCGGUUAUCAUAUUCGGAAGUGGUGGGAUCGUGUGA